AUGCAGCCUGACGCAAAGAUCGACAUAAUAAUCUGCGAUUUGAGUUCCCUACAGUCAGUUCAAGCAGCAGCGAAGGAGUUUAAAAGUAAAAAUUGGCCUCUGCAUGCUCUGAUUCUCAAUGCGGGUUUACUAUUUCCCGACCAAAAGAUGACUAUUGAUGGAUUAGAAACUACAUUUGCUGUAAAUCACGUCGCUCAUCAGUAUCUCGUUCGCGAGCUUCUGCCACAGCUAAGGGAAUCGCAAGCUAGGAUAGUCAUAGUAUCGUCAAAAUCGCAUAACCAUACCGGACUAAAACCAGAAAUGCCCUUAGAGGAGAAACUGACAAAGUUGUGUCCAACAGAGAGCACACAAUUUGGAUACUGGCUUUAUGCAUAUUCAAAAUUGUGCAAUGUUCUCAUGGGUAUGAGACUUCAUCGUGAGGAACACAAGAAUGGAAUUUCCGUG